AUGAAAAACCAUGAAAGCCGACCUACUGGUUCUUGUCCAUUCCCUAAAGUGAAUGAGACGAACUUCCACCAAGCUAGACGUGGAAGAGGUCGUGGCCCCAGUCGUGGUCAUGGCCGUGGUAGGGGAAGAAACUCUAAUCAUGGUAAUAAUAAUGCACCAAAGAACCCUCCUCGCCACCAGCAGUGGAAAAGGAAGGAACAAAAGCAUGAAGCGGUGCAAGCUCCAAAUGCAGAAAAUGCAUGCUAUAGAUGUGGAGGAAAAGGGCACUGGUCACGUACUUGGCGUACGCCAAAACACCUGGUUGAGCUUUAUCAAGCCUCCUUAAAGAAGACAGAGAAAAAUGCUGAAGCAAAUUUUAUUUCUGAAGAUAAUUUAGACUUCAUGCAUUUGGAUGUAGCUGAUUACUUUGCACUCCCAGAAGGAGAAACAAGUCAUGUGAUCGGUGGUGAAUCUAUAGAAAUAUAA